AUGACUGUUCUCAUCCUAGCGAUAACGCUCGUCGCCGCGACGACCGCGACGCCUAUCGACUCGGAGAAGAGAGAGGCGCUCCGCUUCUUGCGCGCGUACGUUUUUCUGAAGGACGAUGGAGGAUCGUUGUCGUCCGGCAACGCGACGUCUCUGCGUCACGUGCUGUCGCUGUAUCAGGUAUACUAUCAAUUAUCAGGAAAUGGUGCGUUAAACCCUGAUACGCAUCGUCUUAUGCGCAAACCGCGAUGCGGUCUCGCGGACAUUCCCGGUCGCGCGUAUAGCCCGAUCGCGCGAAAAUGGCCGAAAACGCGUCUCACGUGGAACUUUCAAGUGGCUAGCGAAGAACUCUUAAGAACGGCCGAAGCGACGUUCGCGUUAGAUGCGGCGUUAAUAAUGAAUCGUCGCUUGUACAUAGCUAAUCGCCGCAACGUAUGGUCGGUCGAAAUAACCGAGAGACGCUACCGUAGACCCAUGAAGUUGACGGAUUACGCGACGUAUCUUCCGGCGAAUCUCACGCGCCUGUCCGCCACGUAUCGAAGACCAUCGGGCGAUCUCGCGCUAUUCGUUAACGAUUCGAUCUAUGUCGAGGAAUUUCCCAGUUUUAAGCUAAAACUUGGUUGGCCGAGAUCUCUCCACGAUAUCGGACUUCCCCGAGACGCUAAGAUCAACGCCGCGAUAAAGACGCAUACGGGACGAACCUACGCGAUCUACGACGACGACAAAGUAGCGGAGAUCGACGAAUGUCGCAUGAUAGCCGUUAGACACGCUCCGUUGAAAGAUAUAUUUCCAGGAAUACCGCCCGCGAUAACAUCGGCCUACCGACACAUCGACGAUAACCUAUAUUUUUUCGCAAAGCGUCAAUUCUACGCGUUCAACGAAUUCACGAAUAUCGUGACCUUGGCGGGUCCUUUCGACCUUCACGUACUCGGUAUCGAGUGUCCUACGGACGGAUUGUUGCGACAAUUGCGCGAUCUUCUGAUUCGCGCUUAUCAUCUCGGCGACGUAACCGAGAGCGACGAGAUCGACGAAGAGGACGACUGA